AUGUCCUCUUCACCCCAAAAGCGGUCCGCCUCAGACGCGCACCUCUCAACUCGCCCUACAAAGUCUGCGCGCAUCAGCUUUCCUACAUCUACAACAAGAGCAAAGUCAAAUUACUCGAAUCGGGAUUCGGAUGCAAACUUGACAUUGAGAAUGUCACGUCAACAUGAACAGCAGGAGGAGCCGAGUCUGACCGCAAAGUGGUCGGAAGUAUGGGUACGGAGUGUAGAUACGGCUUGUGCGGUCGGGGAUGUGGUUUAUGCGACGGUUUCGGCUGCGAAGAAUUAUAUUAAUCCGUGGCAGUGGAAAGCCAUGUUUGCAUUCCGUGACACCGAUGACGCCUCGCUACCUAGACAUAGUGCGGAUAUCGACCAGUCAACAACGCCGCCACCAGAAACGCCAGCCACAACUCAACCAUCAAGUGUCUCGCCGAAGAAGUCUCCAACAACAUAUUCCAACAACUCACCUACGAAUAUCCUAGCUUCUACAUCUUCAUCCGCAUCAUCUUUUUACCCACCCCCUCCAGCACCUGUAUCCUCCUCGAAUUCCUCGUCUGCAGAGUUCUCGCACGUUAGUGCGUCGGGAACGAGUUCAACGAGGACUUCUCACCCGGACAGCCCACCAAAGUCGAGCAACGGAGUAGAUUCGCCUACUCAGAAUGAUUCAAUACGAAGGUUGAUAGCGCAGAGUAAUCAGGAUGGGCUUCGUGGAAGUGGAGUUGGGAAGAAGUAUAAGCGGAAAAGUCACAUCUAUGAAGGACAGCAUCGAGAAAAUGUAAAAGAGCAUUUGCAACGUCUACUUUAUGAUCGUACACGAGCCAUGGGAUACAAGUCGGACUUUGAGACCUUCAGAGGCUAUAUCCAAUAUCGACGUCGCUUGGAAGAAAUACAAAAACAAGACUGGAAGCACUCUUACGCUGGUAGUAUCGGCAGUAGAAAAUCAACACCUAUUUUACCUCAAGAUGACGUGGAGUUCUUCAGGCGUGCGGUGGAGAAAGCGACGAAGUCCCUUCAUAGUCCGAAGCCACCAAAACCAUUUAGCCCGCAAUUGGAGGAGCUCUCGAAAAAUGUGAAGUUCAAGAGCGACCGCAUCCAAGAACGUCUCCAUCCGAAACGCAAGCCUAUUCCUGAACGACUGCCUAGCGACGCACAAAAAGAACUCAAUGUGAUCUUACGGAAACGUGGUGUCGUGUCGAAGGCAGGACGUGAGCAAGUCAGCGAUACGGACUUGUCCCGUCUUGGCCCAGGUCAAUGGUUAAACGACGAGAUCAUCAACUUCUACGGACAGCUCAUUGUUGACCGAGCAGCAGAAGCUGAGGCCGCUAAGGAGAACGAACGUAAUGGGAAGGUUCUGAACGUACAUUAUUUCUCGUCAUUUUUCUGGCCGAAGUUGCAAUCCGGUUACGAAAAGGGUCGGUUGGCGAAGUGGACGAAGAAAGUUGAUAUUUUCUCGAAGGACAUUAUCUUGAUGGCUGUUAAUCACGGGAAUGCGCAUUGGACGUCUGCUGCGAUUGACUUUACGCGGAAACGGAUUAUUUCGUAUGAUAGCAUGGGCUUUCAUAGAAGCGAUGUCUACAAGGCAUUGAGGAUGUACCUCAACGAGGAACACAAGAACAAGAAGAAAAAACCAUUCGACUUUACUGGAUGGGAAGACUACAGAUCGGAUAUGUACCCAGAGCAAGAGAACGGGUACGAUUGUGGCGUGUUCACUUGCCAGACUCUCGAGUACCUUUCACGCGGAGAGGAAGAAUUCAAUUUCACGCAGCAGAACAUGCCAUAUCUCCGUCAACGGAUGAUCUGGGAGAUUGGCAAAGCAAAAUUGGGAGACCCGUUAUAA